UUUUUUAAGUACGCAUGCGCCAGACCGCUAGUCCCUGCAAGGUGGGGGUGGGGUGGGAUGGAGUUGUUGUGAAGCAGCGGGAAGCACGUGAAGAGAGCAACGUCAUCAUAAACACUAGUAGCCAACAUGGCGGGCCCUACGAGCGGAAAGGUUGUAUAUGAGCAAGAAGGAGUUUUCAUUCACUCUUCCAGUGGAAAUGAUGAUCAGGAAUCCUUACUGUCUGGAACUCUGCGGGUCAUAGAGAAGGAAACUGAUGUGAUAGUAGAUUGGAGACCUAUGGAUGAUUCAUUAGACUCUUCUAAUAUACUGUAUGCUAGAAAGGAUUCUAGUUCAGUUGUAGAGUGGGCGCAGACUCCUAGAGAGAGGAAUCUACAGGGGCUAGAACAUAUGAACAGUUACGAAGCAGAAUGGGAUAUGGUCAACACAGUCUCCUUUAAGAAGAAACCACAUUCAAAUGGAGAUUCUACUGUUCGUACAAAUGGAGAAAGCAAGUGGUCCUUUCUGUUCAGCUUAACAGAUUUAAAGACCAUUAAGCAAAACAAAGAAGGAAUGGGAUGGUCGUAUUUGGUGUUCUGUUUAAAGGAUGAUGUCGUUCUUCCAGCUCUUCACUUUCACCAUGGAGACAGCAGCUUAUUGAUUCAGUCUCUUAAAAAAUAUGUGGUGCUCUGCGAAUCUCCACACGAUAGAAGAGUUCUUGUGAAUUGUCAGAGUAUUUCACAGUCCUUUGAAAAUCUCCUUGAUGAACCAACAUAUGGUCUGAUACAGAAACUGAAAAAAGAUCCUUACACAACAACGAUGGGAGGAUUUUCCAAAGUGACCAAUUUCAUUUUUGAUAGUUUACGUGGGAGUGACUCAGCGACUCAGCAGCGACCACCAUCAGAAAUGGCAGACUUCAUUAGUGAUGCCAUUCCGGGACUAAAAAUAAAUCAACAGGAAGAACCAGGAUUUGAAGUCAUUACACGAAUUGAUUUGGGAAAACGGCCUGAAGUUCACAGAAGGCAGCCAGUAUCUAUUGAAGAAUGGAUGAAGAAUAUGGAUUCUGAAGGAAGAAUCUUAAAUGUUGACUCUGUGAAGCAAAUGAUAUUCAAAGGGGGGCUUUGUCAUGCUUUACGAAAGGAAGUGUGGAAAUUUCUUUUGGGUUAUUUUUCUUGGAAUAGUACUAGGGAAGAGAGAGCCAAUGUGCAGAAGAGAAAAAUAGAUGAAUAUUUUAGGAUGAAACUCCAGUGGAAAUCUGUCAGUGAAGAACAAGAAAGAAGAAACUACAGAUUGAGAGACUACAGAAGUCUUAUAGAAAAAGAUGUAAACAGGACAGACAGAACAAACAAGUUUUAUGAAGGCCAAGAUAAUCCUGGCUUGAUUUUGCUUCAUGACAUUUUGAUGACCUAUUGUAUGUAUGACUUUGACUUAGGCUAUGUUCAAGGAAUGAGUGAUUUGCUUUCUCCUAUUUUAUAUGUGAUAGAGAAUGAAGUGGAUGCUUUUUGGUGCUUUGCACUGUAUAUGGAUCAAAUGCAUCAGAAUUUUGAGGAGCAAAUGCAGGGUAUGAAGACACAACUAAUUCAGCUCAGCACUUUGCUUCGCUUGCUAGAUAGUGAAUUUUGCAGUUACUUAGAAUCUCAAGAUUCAGGAUACCUUUAUUUUUGCUUCCGAUGGCUCCUAAUAAGAUUUAAAAGGGAAUUUAGUUUUCAAGAUAUUCUUCAUUUAUGGGAGGUAAUGUGGACAGAGUUGCCUUGCCAGAACUUCCAUCUUCUUAUCUGUUGUGCUAUCCUAGAAUCUGAAAAACAGCAAAUAAUGGAGAAACAUUAUGGCUUUAAUGAAAUACUGAAGCAUAUAAAUGAACUGUCUAUGAAAAUCAAUGUGGAAGAAGUACUUUGCAAAGCAGAGGCCAUUUCUAUACAGAUGAUGAACUGCAAGGAAUUGCCUCAAGCAGUCUGUGAAGUUUUGAGAUUAGAAAACAGUGCCGUGACGACGCCGGACUCAGACACAGGAGAAGAUGAGACUGUUGGUGAUAUCAGCUGCGCUGCACCAGCACAUCCGGUUGUGAGCAAUGGAACAAAGGAGAGCACUGAGCAGGAGGCCCACACCAUAGCCACAGAUUGACACCUGUACAGUUGUUUAUUUUUUUAUUUUGGAGAGACACUUUAUUACAAUUGUUUCUUUCAAGCAUUUGAGGUUGGAUAUUUAAGAUUCUGUGUUGAUUAAGCUUUAAAGAUUUGGGGGAAGAGAUGUGUACUGUAAUGCAUCGAAGCGUUACAACAUGACCUGAUUAUUUUUGUAGUUUCUUCUACCAAAAUAGCCUUUUUGUUUUCAAUAACAUUCCUUAAUAUUUUUAUAGUCAAGUGCAUUUUUUCUCUUUGAUGUUAUGGAAAUCAGCUGAAUGGGAAUGACUUGGGAAUAGAUGCAUCUGUAUUACUUUCACUUCUGCAACUUUUCAGCAUUGAUGGUUCUUAGAUUUAAUGAGAUUCAAAAACUCUUCUGUACUGUUUACCAAGUGAAAAGAUGCUAAUUUCAUAAUUAAUAAUGCUUUGUAAAUGAAAGGAUUGAAGUCUUUUUCAGAUGUUUACAAAAAUACUUUCUAAGUAUUUGUGGUGGUUGAGUAUAGAUUUGCAAUGAUUUUCUUUUGUGCUGCUGCUGGAUUUUGAAUUUUUUGUAAUCCAAGGUGGCUGAACAGUACUUUUUACAUAUUAGCAUCUCUUCACUGAUACACGUGUAUGUAUAAAUGAGAUACAUAUCCAAACUUGUGAGUAUUAAAUGAUAAAUCUAUUUUCACUAUUUUGACUAGGUGAAGCUUGGUUGUUCAUUCAAACAGUUCUGACCAAUUUUAAUAUAGCUUCAACCCUGGGUAUUUUUGAAAACCAUUUUUUUAAAGUAAGGAUAUAUGUUUGGAAAUAGUCCUACAUCUGAUGUGAUUUAUCAGCAGCUGUCUUCAUUACCUAACUAAUAAUGUUUAUCUUUGCUUAAUACCAUAGUAGUAUUUGAUAGGAACCUACUUAAGUUGCCUUUAUGCUAGACUUCUUGGUAAUCUUUACAAGCAGGAAAAAUUUAAAUGCAAAAUACUAACCCCCUUGGGUGUGAUCUGCUAUUUUGGUUCCCUUGCGCAAGUUCAGUGGGUGUGGAUGGGGCUUGGUUUGCUUGGAAAAAAUGGCUAUUGAAUUAUGUCCUUUGCCUUUAACAACAAAUUACUUGCAUUUGAGAACUACAAGCUCAUAUUAUGCCAUUCUGUGACUUUUUAUAGUUAUGUGGAACCUGACUGAAUUAAUUCAGGAUACUUGUUUCCAUUUGAGAACCACUGUACAUAUUAUGAAAUAAAAUGCAAAGUUUAA